AUGCGAGCACUAUUCGAUUAUGAUCCUGAAGAUGACAUUUAUGUGCCAUGUAAAGAGUUGGCACUGAAAUUCCAACGUGGAGACAUUUUGCAUGUGUUAAGCACGGAAGAUGAGAAUUGGUGGCAAGCUUAUAGAGAAGGAGAGGACACAUCACAGUCAUUAGCAGGACUCAUACCGAGUUCGAGUUUUCAUCAACAGUACGUCCACCAUGAUUCUCUGUUCUCUCAUUUAGACCUGCUAACAUAUGAAGAAGUGGUACUCCAUCUUGCUCGCACCGACAGGAAAAGAACAUUGGUCCUAUGCGGUCCGGAAGGUGUUGGUUGUCUGCAACUGCGGCAACGACUCCUGGAAUCAGAUCGAGAUCGCCUUGCUGGACCUGUACCUUACACCACUCGACCACCAAAAGAUGGAGAACUUGAUGGGAUCCAUUAUCACUUUAUCUCAAAACAGCAAUUUCUCGAUGAUGCGAAGGCAGGGAAGUUUGUCGAAUACGGCGAGUUCGAGAAGCAUAUGUAUGGCACAGCCGUAGCCGACAUUAUUAAUGUUAUCCGAAGGUCGAAAACUUGCGUUUUGACGCUCAAAGCGGAGUCUCUUAUCGCCGUUCGAACAGCUGAAAUUAUGCCAUUCAUACUCCUUGUCGCUCCUCCUUCAUUGCAAACCUUACGCAGACAAAAGGAAUGCGCAGGCCAGUUUAAUGUAAAGGAUGAUGAAUUAAAGAGCAUUUUGUCACAAGGGAAAAACAUCGAACAGGUAAGGGAACUGUUGCUGAAUUUCGUUACUCCCAAAACGAAUAUUUUUUUCAGAAAUUCGGUCAUCUAUUUGACA